AUGAAUGCCGUCAUUCGAAGCGCCGGCAAGGCUGAGAAACCCUUGUCUAGACGCCUGGUAAAUCCCACAUUCCGGCGGCUUGCCCAGAGUCGCGUCGCGCAGACGCUCCCUGCGCAGACGAUUUGCGCAAUCCAGACGCCUCUACGGUCGCAAUUACUUCCGUGCGAAAUCCGAUCGUUCGGAGGCCGACUGAUUCACACCAGCGCGAGGCUACAGGAAAAGUCGAGCGCGAGAACCAAGACAAAGACAAAGGAGCCCAAACCGGCCCCGGACGCCCGAGAGGAAUCCGAAGCUAAGGAGGAAGCCAAGGAAGAAACAAAGGAGGAUGUGAACGAGGAAGCGAGCGGCAAAACAGAGGGCAAAGAUGGCAAGGAAAAUGAACCCAAUGCCCCUCCCCCACCUCAUGGCGACAAGACUCCCUGGCAAGUAUUCAUGGAAACCAUGAACACUGAAUUCCAGGCUUCUAAGGAAUGGAACGAGUCGACCAAGCAAAUUGGCGCCGCCGCCCAUCAGUUCAGCGAGAGCGAAGCCGUUCGCAGAACACGCGAAGCUUACGAGAAGUCUACUGGUGCUGUUUCGUCCACCGCUGCCAGUGCCAUCAAGUCAACAGCAGGUGCGAUUGGCAAAGGUGCCUCCUGGACUUGGGAAACACCUGUUAUGAAGGGUGUCCGCAAGGCCGCCAACGUCACCGGUGAUGCCAUGGACAAGGCCACCAAACCCAUCCGCGAUACCGAAGCCUAUAAAAACGUCAAGGAUGUCAUUGAUGACGGCAGCUCCUCGCGCUACGGCGGAUGGAUAGAAAAAGAAGAGCGUCGGCGACGUAGAGAGCUUCGCGCCAAAAAACAGCCCCAGGAAGUCCUCCAAGAAGACCCCGAGGCUGGUACCAGCGUCACUUUGCACAAGGAUGCCGCGUGGAAAGAGGCUUGGCGAGACUUCCGUGACCAAAACAAGUUCGUUCAAGGUAUUUUCAGCAUGAAGGGAAAAUACGAAGAGUCCGAAAACCCUCUAGUUUCGACCGCCCGCAGCAUCACCGAUCGCAUCGGUGGCUGGUUUGCCGAAAAUGAGACGGCCAUGGUUGUCAAAAAAUUCCGCGAAAUGGACCCCAGCUUCCAAAACGAGGCUUUUCUUCAAGAGCUGCGCGAAUAUAUCCUGCCUGAGGUGCUUGACGCCUAUGUCAAGGGCGACACCGAGACGCUGAAGCUGUGGCUGUCGGCGGCUCAGUACUCAGUAUAUGAGGCGUUGACCAAGCAGUAUUUGCAGGCCGGCAUGAAGUCGGACGGCCGCAUUCUCGACAUUCGCAACGUCGAUAUACUGCGCGCCCGCAUGCUCGACCCUGGCGAGGUGCCCGUCUUCAUCAUUACCUGCCGAACCCAAGAGGUUCACGUGUACCGCAACGCCAAGACUAACGAGCUGGCAGCGGGCAUGGAGGAUAAGGUGCAACUGGUUACAUAUGCUAUUGGCGUCACGCGUGUGCCCGAGGAUGUCAAUAAUCCCGAGACCAGAGGAUGGCGUCUCAUUGAGAUGCAAAAGAGCGGGCGUGAUUGGUACUAA